UGCAGCUGGGACUCAGAGCUCCUGUGAGACACUACUACCCCCAGCAGGAUUAUAACUUGUGACUCGUCUGGCUCUGCUCCUCAGGAUUCCCACUUCUGCAUCCAUGGAAGGAACUGUCCCCGAGUGAGGGAUCCAGGACCCGGGGGGGACAGCGCUCAUCUGCGGCGAAAACAAUGAAAUUUUCAUUUAAGGAAACAAUGGAGGAAACAAUGAAUCACUGCUGCUUCUUAUUAAUCGUUCUCUUCGUUAGAAUGGCUCCAUGUUAUGGAUCUACUGUAAACUAUGCCGACCCAACACUAAUGCCGCUAGCGCACGAGGAUGCCAGAGUAAGAGAAAAAAUUAUGAAUUCACAGUUCAAAUGUUAUGAGAAAAUGAAAAGGGAUCCUCCAUAUUCUAAAUCAGGUCUAUAUUGUAACCGCACCUGGGAUGGAUGGUUGUGCUGGGAUGAUACAACCGCUGGACUUAAUGUGACUCAGAAUUGUCCCGACUAUUUUCCAGAUUUUGACACCACCGAAAAAGCUUCAAAAUAUUGUGACGAGAAGGGAAACUGGUUCCAACAUCCCGAAAGCAACAGGACCUGGUCCAACUACUCCAUGUGCAUCAGCUUUACCAAGGAGAAGCUGAAGAACGCCUAUAUCCUGUACUAUAUGGCCAUAGUGGGACAUACCUUGUCCAUCAUCUCCUUGCUAAUUUCACUUGGAAUUUUCUUCUAUUUCAAGAGUCUCAGCUGCCAGAGGAUUACACUUCAUAAAAAUCUAUUUUUCUCCUAUGUGCUGAAUUCUCUGUUUACAAUUGUUCAUCUUACCACUGUGGUACCAGAUCUAGACCUCGUGAAGAAGGGACCUGUUAGCUGCAAGGUUCUGCAGUUCUUCCACCAGUAUAUGAUGGGAUGUAACUACUUCUGGAUGUUGUGUGAAGGGAUCUAUCUCCACACAUUAAUAGUGGUGGCCGUGUUUGCUGAAGAACAGCAUCUGCAUUGGUAUUAUCUCCUUGGCUGGGGGUUUCCGUUAGUGCCUACAUCGAUUCAUGCCUUUGCAAGAACAAAAUAUUUCAAUGACAAUUGUUGGAUGAGUGUGGAGACACAUCUAUUAUACAUUGUCCAUGGGCCAAUCUUGGCGGCACUAUUGGUCAACUUAUUCUUUCUUCUGAACAUCGUACUCGUUCUCGUGACAAAAUUACGGGACACUCACCGCGCGGAGUCCAACAUGUAUAUGAAAGCCGUAAGAGCUACGCUAAUACUGGUGCCGCUGUUAGGUAUCCAGUUUGUUAUCUUUCCAUGGAGGCCAGAGAAUCGACUGGCAGGAGAGAUCUAUGACUACAUUAUGCACAUAUUGAUGCAUUAUCAGGGAUUACUUGUUGCUACGAUCUUCUGCUUCUUUAACGGGGAGGUACAAGGUGCAGUGAAGAGACAAUGGAUGCAAUAUAAAACCCAGUGGGGUCAGAGAAGAAGAGAACAUUGCUCUAUGCGUUCUACUUCCUACACAGCAACAUCCAUAACAGAGGUCCCUAUUUACCUCUACCCUCAUGAGUCCAACAGCGAACAUUUAAAUGGAGAGUAUGGAGAGGACUUGGAGAAUACAGCACUCAACUCUGGGGAUACAUACACCUGAUUCUCCACCAGACUUAUGAGAUUUGCAAACCAUGAGCUCAAGUCCUCCAUGGAAAUAAAGCCUUCAACAUAAAUGUUGACGAGAAGACUCAUUUGUAGGGAUCCACCCUAUGAAGGGACUUCUGAAGCUCAGCUGGUCAACCUACUUAAGUCCUACUUCAUGGGAAUAAUGGAAAUGACCAGUUUUUGUCUAACAUGCUUCUGCCAAUUCAGGGAAUGUGAAAUUUAUAUCAUGUGGUGGUAGACAGAAUCACGAUGACUGAGAUAUUUCCACCACUCAUUGUAAAGGGCAAGGUCUUCUGAAACCAAAUGGAAAAACCUUGGACAUUGUUGCCCGUCUGAUAUCCUUUCAUCAUUGUAUAAAAUGGACUUUUGGCUGCAGAAUGCAGAUGUAUAUCUGUGUUUCAUUAGUAGUAGGAUAUUACGUUUCACAAAGAUUAGAUCUGCUCGGUCAGUUCUUUCACAAGAGCACAAAUUUGAUUAACUUGACGUGGUGCUAGGUGGCUCCAUGGUUAUCAUUAAGCUUUUUCAUCUGGAAAUAGUGGUGUGGUUUGAUAUGACCUCCUGCAGUAGAUGUGGUAGGUUCUCAAAAGUUUCCAGAAGUAAUGUCUAUGCUCACUCUGCUGUUUUCGGAACUCCCAUAGAAGUGAAUGGAGGGUGGCCACACUUGCACGGUGUAAUAUUAAUCACUUUAAGGGAUCCGUUCUGAAGAUAGGUCCGAGAGGUGAGAUCUGCACCUAUCUUACAUCUGUACCAUAUCCUAGCGAUAUGCCAUCAAUGUAUGACAUGAGAUAACCCUUUAACAUAUUUUAAAAUCCCAGAGCUCUAUUUUUCUGAUACAGAGCUCCAUAUUAUUUGCUUUCCAUCAGAAAAACACAAAGUUAAAUAGAAUUUGUCAGCAGUUUUCAUUCUGAUGAACUGCUAACACCACUGGAUAUCACUGUAGGAAUGAAGUGUAACAAUACCUACAGUGCGUUGCCGAUCCGAUAUCAAGGACAACAGAGAAAA